GGAGGGGAUGAUCAUCCUCCGCCUUUCCACUGGAAGUUCGUCUGAACUACUGCUGAAACAUCUUCAGGGAGAAAAGCAACGCUACCAUGUUGCCUUUUUUGGAAACCCGGUGAUUUUGUAGAACAGCGAGUACAUGACGUUUUUCUACCAGUUUCUACAAGAUUUUCGGUUAACAAGAGCAACAAGUGAAGCUUCCGCGGAAGGAUACAGAGCACCGAGAUGGGAAACGUGAUACUGGUGGUGUUUCUGCUGCUGCACCUGCCAACAGAGCUGCUGUCCAUUCAGGUGGUCGUUCCACAGGUUGAGAGAGCAACAGCGCUGUUUGCUUGGGUGACAAUCCGCUGUGACUACACAACAUCAGCAAACCAACAGGAGGUCCUCGUCACGUGGAAAUUCAAGUCGUUCUGUAAAGACCCAGUUCUGGAGUACUACUCCGCAGCUUAUCAGGCGGCUCUCCAGAUGGGCCAGGAUCCUGCCAAUGACUGUCCAGACAAGCAGCGCACAGUUCGGACCGUCAUCCAGAAGAGAGGCGUCAAUGAGCCAACGCUGGGGUCAGAGUAUAGAAAUCGUAAAAUCACAAUCCAGAACAAGGCCGACUUGGUGAUAAAUGAGGUGAUGUGGUGGGAUAACGGCAUGUAUUACUGCAGUAUCGAUGCUCCUGGUGACACCACAGGCGACUCGGAUCGAGAAGUCAGACUCAUCGUGUACCACUGGCUGACUGUGCUAUUUAUCAUCAUCGGCGCUCUGUUGCUCAUCAUGCUGUUCUGCAUAUGCUGCUGUCAGUGCUGCCCGCAGAAAUGCUGCUGCUAUGUCCGCUGCCCCUGCUGUCCGCAGACCUGCUGUUGCCCUGAAAAAGCUGUGAUGCAGCAUCGAAUGCUGAAACAAGCUCAGAAAGCCAUGGCUCCCUGGAUGUACGGUCAGCCUGUUUACGCAAACGUCAGCAACACCUCCUCCCAGGGUGUUCCCCUGCUCUACUCAGUCCCAGCCUCAGUGUCAGAUUACCCAACCAAACAAAACAUCUCCAUGACUCCCAUCCCUCUGGGACCCAUGGCCCCACAGCAGCAGCAGCCCCCUUUGCAUGCUCAAUACAUGGUGAAUGGCAGCCUGCGUAGCAGUAAUCAAAGUGCCAACCCAAUGCUGGAUUACCUGGAGAACCAGAUGAGAGGGCUGGAUGUGGGACCCCCUCAAAUGGCACCACAUGCUGUCCGAAACAUGGCCCCAUUACAGCCCCAACCCUCUCCUCCAGCUGUGCCCUACGCCCCCGGCCCGCCGAGCAUGUUGUCGGCGCUGGAUGAUAUGGGGGUGAAAGGGGUGGAAAGAAGGGUGAUCACUCUGCCUCCUAUCAUCCAGCGAGGUCCCAGCUUUUCCUCCCGCAGGGAUCCUGCUGGAGACGGGGCCGGAGGGUAUCCGAGAAUGUCCAGUCACUCUAGUGGGAGUACUAACCGAUCAGGAAGGGGCCAACGGGGAGACAACCGUGGGUACAGAACCAGAGAGGACCUUCUACCAAGGCAGGGGAUACUGCGCGAGUACAGCGACGAUUCGGACUGGGACAACCGGCGAGGAAGAGCAACGCACAGUUCAAGGAACGAGAGGGGCAGUUCGUCCGGGAGGAGAGAGCGAGGGUCCAGGCCGCGUGCCCGAAGCCGCGACGACUUGAUGGAGGAGCUGCAUAGCAGAUCAGCAAGGAGGGAGAGGAGCUACUCCCCUCCUACGCACCACAAAGGAUCCUGGAGCUCAGAUGAGGGCAGCAGCCAGAAAAAAGGACGCAAAGUAAAGGAUUGGUCCGAGAAACCACCCAGCUACUACGCCAGUGAGGUGCAGCCUGGUCGCAGGAACUACAGCCAUCUUUCUGUAAGAGCUUCUCCUACUGCUGACACACACACUGAAACAGCAGUGUGUUAAAAUUUAACCCGUUUUGUCAUUGUGUUCUCCUACCUUUAGUUUUCAGUCUUUACCUCUUUCUUGUUUCUUUAACCUGUGUGUGUUGUGGUUUUGAAAACAGUCCACCAUUUUAUAGCAGAGUCACAAGCAACCUGAAAGGUCAAUUUAAUACUCAGCUUAGUUCCACUUUGAGGAAAUACUUCUUUCGUUGUACUUUGAAACCUGCUUCAAAGUAUGAUGACCUUUAGAACCUGCAGUGGCAAUAUCUUGUCUCAUAAGUGUGAGCAUGAAGUACUGUAUAUUGGGUAUAUGGCAAUAUGCAAAUAAGUGAAUGAUAAAACAGAAAUGUACCAAUAUUACAUGUACACAAUAUCAACAUACAGUAUAUUUUGCCAGACCUUAUGAGAAUUUGCUUCUGAGAAACGGAAAGAUAUAUAAAAAAGGUAAUUGGAGUAAAUGCUUCAUCUUAUAAUUUUUCAGCUGGAAACAUAGGAAAAAAUGUUUCCAGCGUAAAACAAGUUUCCAGUUUUAAGCUGGAAACUGGCUGUUACAAAUCUUGUGUCACUGUGAUAAAAAGAAUCAGUCUGUGUUCUCGAUCGCUAAUUUGUGGGAAUAUUAAACUCGGAUGCUUGUAGAGUAGCAGAUUGUGGCUUUGUUGUAGCUCUUCCCAUUGCUUCAGGUGAUAGUAUAAGCGCGUCAUCUCAAACCUUUUCUGAUUCCUUUUUGAUGGAAUUAAAGAAAAUUGGCACAUUAGCAAGAUUCAGCUCCAACUGUUCCACAGACCUUUCACACUGCCCCCAAGUGGCAGCAGGUGGGUACAACAAAUAGAUGUGCAAAGCUCUUUAUCGUCUGUUCUUGCAUAGCUUUGGUUUCUUCCUCUUCUUUUCUGUUGUUUCUGUCUGUUUUUGGAUGUGGUAAUCAUAGCAUCUCUUGCUUAGACUCUAACCUUAACUUUUUUUCACGUUUUUUUCUCAUAGGAUAGAGGCUCCCAUAGCAGUACCAGCGUAGUCAUCUGAAACAUUUCUUUUAUAUUCCCCUGACUGCUUCCAAUGAAGAAGUUUGUAACUGUAGCUGAUUAAUAAACUAAAAUGUUGUUAACAGACCUAAAACAUUUAGGACUGUAAAAAUAUGCACAUACAUGUAGUAUACAUGUAGUAUAUGUGCAUAAGUUUGAACUGCAAAUCCAUUGUGUAUUACAGCAAUAUAAUAAAUCAUGUUCAUUUCCAUUGUUAUUUGUUUUUGUGUAAAUCUUUCAUGCCACAUUUUCUGUUUUGUGUGCUUUUCCCUGGUGAUGGAAAAAAAUGUCUUUAGGUUGAUGUACACUUCGUUUCAACAAACGCAUAAAGUAUUGUGUAUUGAUUUGUUUCUACAUUAUUUUAUUUUUACAUAAUUCUUGUAAUAUUUAAACAUUUAGUUUUUAUCUCUAAUAGAACAGCUGAAGCAGAAACCACAGAUUAGUACUUUGAAAUGAAUGAAUAGUUUUGAAAUCACUGUCGCCACUUAAAUACUGUAUAAAUGUGAUCUUACUUUACCAUUUCUUUUGUGAUAGAAAAGUAGUGUUGUGUAUAAAUAAUGUUAGUAUGUUU